GGGGUAGCACCAGCCGUGAGAGAGACGAGGACAUAUUAGGGGCGCAGCUCUUUGGGAACGCGAUGGAGAUGGUGAGGGAGUUGCAACAUAGAGAUACUCUUUUCCACACAGACGACGGUGUCUCGUAUGCGAAAGAUGGUGAGCUCGACAACGUGGACAUGGUCAGUUACUAUUAUAACCAUUGCGCAGGGUGCGUGCAUUGGGAAGCAGAUAGUCAGAGGGGCUGUGAAGGGGAUGUGAUGGGCAGCAUUGAACAUGAGGGAAGGGCUGGCGAAUGGUGGAUGAACCUGAUGGCGCUCAAUUCUCAGGUCGGCGCCGGGAAUACUGACGUCGAUGGUGUCGCUCGUCUGCGGCAGCGUAAUGGAGAUCAGACGGGUGAGUGGGAGGGGGCGCAGGGGCUCAUGGAAGAGGUGGUAGUUGUGGUGGAGGAGAGGCAAAGAAUGGGUGAGAUCGGAGAGAAGGGUUGGAAGGUGGACAACAACAACAACAACAACAACAACAACAACAACAACAACAACAACAACAACAAUAACGACGGUGAGCUGGGACUGGGUGAAAUUGGCGACGAGGGCGUGAAGGGCAACAACAACAACAACGACGGUGAGCUAGGAUUGGGUGAAAUUGGCGACGAGGGCGAGAAGGGCGAUGAACAUGAGGGGAGGGCUGUCGAAUGGUGGGAGAACUUGAUGGCGCUCUCUCCUCAGGUCGGCGCCGGGAAUGCUGACGUCAACGGUGUCACUUAUCUGUGGCAGCGUAAUGGAGAGUGCACGGGUGAGUGGAAGGUGGCGCAGCAGUUCACAGAAGAGGUGGUGCUUGUGGUAGAGGAGAGGCAAGGAAUCGGCGAGAUCUGAGAGAAGGGUUGGAAGGUGGACAACAACAACAACAACAACAACAACAACAACAAC